AUGCUUUGUUCAUUGACAGGAGAGAUAUGCCAGGAACCUGUGGUAUCGCCUAGGAGCGGUAAGAUUUUUGAAAGGAAAUCGAUUGAGAAUUAUUUAUCUACAAAUAGUACAGACCCGAUAAACGACCAACCUUUAACAAUCAAUGAUUUAAUACCCAUAGAUACUGAUGUCACCAUACCUCCUCGGGCACAGUCCAUUCCUUCGAUGUUAAGAUCGUUCCAAAAUGAGUUUGAUUCUAUGGCAUUAGAGAUUUUUACACUUCGAAAACAAUUAAAUAAAGCCAAAGAAGAAUUGAGUUCUUCAUUGUAUCAUUACGAUGCUGCGGUGAAAGUGGCAGCCAAUGCCAUUAAAGAAAGAGAUGAAGUUAAAAGGGCUUUACAAGAAUUACUGGCAUCGAUUGGAGAUGGUGUGAUGGAAGAAGAAUCUCAAAAUGGUGAACCAUCAGAAAUAAAAGCUUUGAUUGAAGAAUCUCGAGCUCAAUUGUUCGCCUUGCAUAAAUCACAGAAAUUCACAUUACCUGCAACAACACCAACAUUUAGUCUUGGAGAUUCUGAAGAUAUCGAUGAUUUCAAAUUCGUAUACUAUGAUGAUAAAGUGAAGAAAUUGAUUUUGGGAGGUAAACUGAUCAUUGUAAAGGAUUUGAUUACUAAGGAAGAAUCCAAAAUCUCCCAUAAAGGUAUUUUAACUGCCCUCAAUAUGAUUGAAUACAACGGAAGUCUCGUACCUAUUUAUGGGAAUAAAAAUGCAGUGAAAUUCGAUGAACAAACGAUCAAAUUCAAAGGUAAUGUCGUAGAUAUCAAAUCACAUCCAAAAUUAAAAUCCCUUUAUGUAGUUAUGACCACCAAAUCAUUUAGUUUAUUUCAAGAAACUGAGAAAAUCAUGGAAAUCGAAACUCCUGCCACUACCGGUGAAUUCCACGUAGAUGGUGCAUUGUUUGCCAUUGGUGGUGAUAAUGAAGUGCUUGUUUACGAUUUGACCAAAGACCAAGAACCUGCUGCCACCAUACCUAUCAAAUACCCUACUAUCACUAAAAUCACAUUUGGUUUCAAUGGUUAUUGGUUACUUGUCUCAUCCACUGAUGGUACCAAUGAUUCUAUCGAGUUCAUAGAUCUCAGAAAAUCCACCGUCAUCCAUACCAUAGACGUUCCAUCCUUAAAAGAUUUCAUCAUUGAUAAAUCUUGUAGUUAUAUCAUAACCUUAUCUGAUAAAAUAGAUAUGCAUAAAUACACCAAGAAGGGUAAAAUUUUCCAAGAUUUCGUUGAUUCCAUAGAGUUCACCGGUGAGAGAAUCUUCCUUGAUAGCUCUGAGUCCAUCCAAGGGUUCCUUAUAUCAGAUAAACUCACCAACUAUAAAUUAGAUUUUUAA